AAUAAAAAGGAACAUAAAAUUCAUGAAUGAACUCAAAUUUUUAAUUUAAGAAAAAUCAAAAUAAAUUGUGAAAUAUGUUGGAUGGUAAGGGCAAAAAGUUAAUUGUGGAUUGGUUGGGACUUUGCUGAAAUUUUGAAGGGCAAAUUGCUACUAAGGCCUAAAAUUAUUCGCACAAGGAAUAUACAGAAACAGAAAGAAUAUCUGAUCUUUAACAUCCUUAGAAUUCCCACCUCUAAUUCUCAAAACCCUAACCAACACACAUAGACCAACUCCUUCUUCUUCUUCUUCUUCUUCUUCUCACAAUGGAUUUGAAUUUCGAAGGGCAAUUGCUGCUGCUCCAAUUUGAUAGAAACAGUAUCAAUUAUUAACUAAUAUGUCACCACUUAGAAACAACCAUUACUUACACACCCAUAAUAAGCCUUCUAAUUUUCAUGAUUUCUUUUUGACUGCUCUUUCUAUUUUCUUUCUCUUCUCCUCCUCCUCCUCCCCCUCCUUCUCCUCUAUCAAACCUCAGUUUCCUAGAAUUCCAUUUAUCUGUCUCCCAUCAAACCGCCGCCGAUUCCUCAAAGUCCCCGCCAUGUCCAUCUCCAAGAACAAUCAUCCUUUCGCCACCCCACAAUCUCUCUCAGAUUGGCUCAAACCGCGCUUACCCUCCGACUCUUUUGCCUCUUGGGGCGUGAAACCCGGCACCAAGAACGUCCAAAACCUCUGGCUUGAAUUAUCGGAGGGCGAAACAUCCCUUGCUGACUCCACCCCUCCAAUCCGCACUGUCAGUGUUGUCACGGUGCGCGUCAUUGGUGAAAAGAAUACAGUUCUAGUCGAGUCCCAUCAAGAAUUAUCAGAUGGUAGCGUGAGGAACCGGUGCAGGCCCUUGUCUGAGAAAAUGAAACCCAAUGAAACCCCUGAAGCUGCUGUCUUUCGAGCUAUUAAAGAAGAACUCGGAUCGAUUUUAAAUGAUGAUGCAAAUGUGAGGAUUGUGGAUGGUUCAUAUAAGGAGAAGAUUGAGGAGCGGAAUUCCCUGUCAUACCCAGGUUUACCGGCUCGUUAUGUCUUAUACUCUAUGGACGUAAUUGUGGAUGGAUUGCCCAAUGAUGAAUUCUCUACCGAAGAGGUAGAGGAGUAUUCUGAUUCUGAAGACAAGAGGACUGCAGAUAAAGCUGUGUCUGUAAGGAAGCAUUUCUGGAAAUGGGUUAGUUCUGAUUUGGUUUAAUCUUGGUAUUAUGACAAUUUUGGUUUAUUCUACUAUUUUUCUUUUCUUUUUUUUGUUUUUGCUUUUGACAUGAUCUUAUACUUUGAGAAGCGAAGAAAUCAAUUAUAAAUGUAUUUAACACUAAUUUCACAGAGUUUAAUAGUGGAAUAACAGAUGCCUAUUUCAUGUUUGUGCUAA